GGCUACAAUUUGCAUCUGGCCCUUGCGGCGUUGCAAAGAACAGGGUGCGCUGUGGGGGUGCGAAGGCGGCCCCCUCCCCGCAACAGCGUGGGGACAUACGGGUGCCGGAUAAGGUUCCGUUAGGGAAACGCCGCUUUCACAGCCAACGUCCAAAAUCUACCCACCCGCCGCCCCAGCAUCCCUGGCCAUUGGAACCCCACACGCCACGAUCCCAGCUCGACUCGGGAAGAGGAGGUGGCGCCAACUCGCUUUCGCAGUGGCACAUCACACCGCCACGGCCGGUUACAGCACGCGCCGCAGCCCAGCGCGCCAAAUACGCGCGGGCAGCGUAG